CGCAACCGAAAUUUAUAUAUCUUUUAAUUGUUAUUAUAUUAAACAAAAUCAAACAAAAAACACUUUUGUAGAACACCAUGCUUGUGUUGGAAGAGUUCCAAUCGGAAAUGCUGUCUACGUCCCAGGAGCUAAUGCUGCAUCCCAAGUGCAAUAAGCCAAUGGUUAUACGCAAGCUGGAGCGAUUGAUAAAGGUGGAUACCAAUACUAGGCUCAGUCGGGACGCUAUACCCAUGCCACCAAUUCGGGCAAAUAACAACCAACAUGAAGAUGAGCCACAGGACCGCAUGUCCUUGCAGGUGUUGUCAGCACGCGCUUCCACGCCUUAUACACAGCCCUCUAGUCAACUCUCCUGCUCUGAGCUGCAGCUGAGCCCAACACCAGCAGCCAAGGCAGCUGCGCGUACAAACAUGUCCGCUCCAUUGCCGCCUACUGGACACAAGCGUAGCGUAUCCAUUGGCGCCGCACCAUUUCCACCAGCAACAAAAACUCAACCUAAUCAACGCCAGGCCAAACCGCGGACUUCCCUGCCCAUUCUGCCUUUGACGGCUGCGCCGCAUAAUUAUACUCGUGAGCAUUUGCUUGACAUACGUCAUAGCAUGAUGCAAUCGCUGCUGCAUCGCUCCAAGGAAUCGCUCAGCUUCAGCAUGCCACGCAUUGCCACCUGCGAUGACAUUGAGCUGGAGGCACGUCUACGCCGUAUGAAUCUCUGGCGCGGCAUGGAAUCUGGCCAGGCACCAAUUACACGCAGCUUUAAGCCGCGGACCAACUCCAACAAUAGCAACAAUGAGUGUAUGCCUGCUUUCUACAAGAACAAAAACAAACAGCUCUUAACUGAUGAGUCCAUUAUACAAAGCCAGCCUCCUCAGCAGCAACAGGAAUUCCAGGAUCCAGCAAUUGCUAACCAAAGACGCAUUGGCAGCGGCCGUUUGUCACAUACCAAAUGGACUUCUUACAACAAUGACUAUAAACCCAUGUCCAACUAUAACAAUCAUCAGUCCAACUCGCAUAUGGAAGAAUUAAAGCAUAAUAAUAACAACAACAAUAACAAGAAGUAUUUUGAUAAUGGUGAUAAAUUAAACACACGCCCCAAUACGCCCAAUAAUCGCUCUGAGAGCGAGAGCGUGAAGUCAAAUGAAUCGCUUGAGGACUUGAAUCGCGCCAAUGAGAAUUAUGUGAAGCGUGUUAUGUCUGGUUUCUUGGUUGUAUCAAAGCCCAAGUCCAGAGAUGCAGAGGAGCGUCAUCAUCAGCGUCGCUAUAGAAAUCAAAAUGAGGAACCAGAAUGGUUUAGUUGUGGACCAACAUCUAGGCUGGAUACCAUUGAGCUAUGUGGCUUUGAUGAGGCUGAGGAGAAGAUGCUCAAGGAGAAGCAUGCUGAGAAGGAGCUGAAAGAGCGAGAGCCAAUAAUGCAUAAGAACAAGCAGCAACACGAGCAUAAAUUUAAAUGGCAUCAGGCUGGCAACAACAAGUCUAUGUCCAUGCAGGAUAACAACAACAACAAUCAUAAUACAGAAAAUAUGAAUAAAAUGCAUGCCACAGAGCAGAAGGAUGAAAAGCGUCGCAUCGCUUAUCAACAGCAACAACAACACAAUAAACAUUUAAUGGAGCAGCAGCAGCAACAGCAACAACAAGCUAACAACCAUAGCAACAAUAACUCCAAGUUUAUGUCUUUCUUUGAUGGCGAACGCGCGGAUAAGAACGGCUCAAGCUCCUCUCUAAAUGAUUUCUUCAAGCAGGCUUUAAACAAAAACAAUAACCACGCUAAUGCAAACUUGGAGCAACCCAAAAGCUUGGGCGCUAUUAAUCAAAUGCCGUCGGUGGAUCAAUUGGAAGCCAAAUGGCGUCGCAAUUCGCUGCAUAACAUUAAUGAAGUUACUGCAAAUGUUAACAAUAAGCAAGUUGAUAAUUUCCAAAAAUUGAUUGGCGCACUUAAUGCAGCUCAGAGCAAGGCACCAGCAGCAGCAGCUGCAGCGCCACAAAUGCCGCCGCCAACGCUGCCAAAUGAUGCGCUAUCCAAUUUUAUUUUGCAACAACAACAAUAUCAGCAGCAGCAACAAAAGCAACACGUGCUGCUGCAGCAGCAACAACAGCAAACUGCCUUCUUGGCCAGCUUGCAAUUGAAGGCUAUACUAGGACGUGCGGAUACACAGCUCUUGCUGCUGCGUUUGACCAAGGGUGAGAUUUCAAAGCAUGGGUUGCUUGUACAAUUGGCUAAUCCACGCAUAAGCAACAUGGAUCGUGAGGCUAUAACAGCUGUGCUGCAGUUUACCAAUACACAACAGCAGCAGCAACAACAUCAGCAACAGUUGGAGCUGCUGUCCAGCACUGUGAUUGCCAAUCAGCUGCAGAAUCUACAGAACUUGGCCAUAGUGCAGCAAACUUUAGCUGCACGCCAGCAACAGCAGCAGCAGCAACAACAACAACAGCAGCAGCAACAACAACAACCAAUGCAGUUGUCUCAACAAGAUUUGCAUGCACAUGCUAAUCUUAUAAUGCGCAAUGCUGUCAUGAAACGCAAAAUGGAGGAAACACACAAGUUGCUCAAGCAACAGCAGCACCCACAACAACAGCAACAGCAGCAACAAUCUCAGCAGCAGCAACAGGCACGUCCUCAGCUACCAGGCGGCAUGUAUGCAGCAACACGUCAGAAUGCUAUGCUUAAUGCACUUAUUACCGAUGAGCUUCAUUAAACAAUUUGCCUCGACCACUGUGGGCUUGAUGGCCAUUGGCAUUGGCUCCACGGCUGUCAUAUAUUGCACCAAUC